CGAGGGGGGGAGCCGGUGGGGGUCACCGCGUGAACUCGGAAGCUGUUCGCCCUGUACGCCUGGUGGUGGUGGCGGCGGUGGUGCUGAGGGACGCUGCUGGAGGUUGCGUUGGGUGGACGUUGGGUGGACGUUGGUGGGACGUUGAGGAGGUCGGAGUGAAGAUGUCCGUGAUUCUGGAGACGACGCUGGGAGACGUGGUGGUGGAUUUGUACACCAAGGAACGGCCCCGCACGAGUCUCAACUUUCUCAAGCUGUGCAAGGUGAAGUACUACAACUACUGCCUGUUCCACAGCGUGCAGAAAAACUUCAUCGUGCAGACCGGAGAUCCGACUGGCACAGGGAGGGGCGGUGAGUCGGUGUUCAGCCAGCUCUAUGGACCCCAGGCGAGGUACUUUGAUGCGGAGAAAACUCCGAGAAUCAAACACCGCAAGAAGGGAACUCUCUCCAUGGUGGACAAUGGCUCUGGGCAACACGGAUCACAGUUCCUGCUGACCGUGAUCGAUGGGCUCGACUCGCUGGACGGGCAGCAGCACACCGUGUUCGGGGAGGUCGCCGAGGGCAUGGAGGUGCUGGGACGCAUCGCCGAGGCGUUCUGCGACCGCGAGAACCGCCCCUACCAGGACGUCCGGCUGUCCCACACCGUGGUGCUGGACGACCCCUUCCCGGACCCCCCGGGACUCUGCGUUCCGGACCGCUCCCCGGAGCCCACGGCACAACAACUCGACAGCGGACGCAUCAGGGCCGACGAGGAUGUCAACGACAUGCAGGGGAGGUCGGUGGAGGAGGUGGCGGAGAUCUCGUCGGAGAAGGAGGCCAAGGCCCGGGCGACGCUGCUGGAGAUGAUCGGAGACCUCCCCGAUGCUGACGUUGCUCCUCCGGACUCGGUGCUCUUCGUGUGCAAGCUCAACCCCGUCACCAACGACGACGACCUCGAGGUCAUCUUCUCUCGAUUCGGACCCAUCGCCAGCUGUGAGAUCAUACGCGACCGCAAGACCGGAGAGUCCCUCUGCUACGCAUUUGUGGAGUUCACGAAGAGCGAGGACUGCGAGCGAGCCUAUUUCAAGAUGGACAACGUCCUCAUUGACGACCGACGGAUUCACGUCGACUUCAGCCAAUCGGUGGCCAAGGUCAAGUGGAAAGGACGAGGUGGCCACUACAGCAAGGACGAGCUCAGGGAACUGAGUCAUCACAAGCCCGUCCACAGUAAGCUGGCACUCAAGGAGAAAGCCAAGCCGGCACAGCAGACUGCCGGCUACGAACUCCUCCUGGACUGUGAGCCGCAGUCCUCCACGAAGCCCAGCAGACGCACGCUCGAGGAAAGCGCGAAGCACGAACGGAAGCAGAAGCGCAGGAGCCGGAGUCGGUCGCGGGAGAGACGGGAGAGAGACGCCGGAGGCCCGGAGAGGGGGAAGAAGAGAGACAGCGAGAGGGAGAGAGACGGGGAGAGAGGAGACAGGGAGAGAGUUGGGGAGAGAGAUGGGAAGAGAGGAGACAGGGAGAGAGAUGGGGAGAGGGACAGGGAGAGAGAUGGGAAGAGGGACAGGGCGAGAGAUGGGGAGAGGGACAGGGAGAUAGAUGGGAAGAGGGACAGGGCGAGAGUUGGGGAGAGAGACGGGGAGAGACAUGGGGAGAGAGACAGGGCGAGAGACGGGGAGAGAGACGGGGAGAGACAUGGGGAGAGAGACAGGGCGAGAGUUGGGGAGAGAGUUGGGAAGAGUGUUGGGGAGAGGGACAGAGAGAGAGACAGGGAGAGGGAGAGACGGCGAGACAGGAAGUAGGGGACGGAUACUCGCACGCACGCCAACACCGCGCCCGGCCACCGAUGUUUUGGACGCCAUUGCACGUACUCAUUUUAGGCCGAGCCGACCCAGGGGAGGACCAGGACCUGUUCAUAAAACCGGGGGAAUCGAACUCGGGGGGGGGGGGGGGGGGUGGGGGUGGUGGGAUCGGUCGCUGGGUUCGUAGCGCAGCAACGCACACACGCCCGGCGCUCCGCUCGUUAUUGUGAGCGUCGCUCCUCCGCCCUCCGUUGUUGCUGGAGGGCGACUGCCUCCGACUGGCCAGUAGCAGCGUCCUUCACGAGCCUCCUCUCCACCACCACCACCACACACACGCACACACGCACACACACACGCGCACACACACACACGCGUGAGUGGCCGGGUCCACCGUUAUACUACUACAGAGCUCGGUGCUGCUUUGCGGUCAGGUUCACGGGUCCAGGGCUUGGCAUAGCAGUGACGGGCGGGAGUCGUCAGCAUCACCCCCCCCACCCAGCCAAGCCUCACCGAGUCUACGGGAGACGUCCUGCUGACGUUGGCGAGAUGUCGACUACCUCGCCUGGUGCGCAGGAGGCGUGGGUUCGAUCCCGACCCAGACGCCUGCUGCUGUACAUUUGGAGUCUGCGUCUCUCUCUCAUCAUCAUCAUCACGGUGGCUAGGAGAUGUUAACGACCUCGCCUGGUGUGCAGAAGGUCGUGGGUUCCAUCCCGACCCUGACGAUGCCUGCUGCUAUGUAUUUAGAGUCUGCAGUGUGCCCGUCUCUCUCCGCGUGGCGCCUCCGGUUCCCCCCCCCCUCCCUCCGCGUUUCGAGCAUUCGGCGGGCUGUAAAUGCCCACGUGGUGAGCACGCUUCCCUUCGCUAUCGUUUGUAUGGAAAUAAACUUCUGCUGGCGACCGCCGUCCUUCCGAUCGGCGCGGCCGGCCACGUAAAGAAAUUCAGUUUUUGGGGCACUUCCCUGGCCCAAUAAAAACCAAAAUAUUUUUUUUUA